AUGAGUGGAGAUAAGCCAGCACUCGACGAUCCUACCGCGAAACCGUCGUAUGGCGACGAGCUCAGCGAUGCCGACAAGGCACUGGCUCAGAUGGGCUACCAGCCUGUCUUCAAACGCGAGUUCUCGAUGUGGAGUUGCUUCAGCUUCGCCUUGAGUAUCUCCGGUCUAUUUGCGACUGUCAUGACAACAUUUAGUUAUCCUCUGUACGCCGGCGGAGGUGCUGCAGCCAUAUGGUGUUGGCUUAUCGCCGGUGCUGGAGCGCUCUGCUUGGCUCUCUCCAUAUCGGAAAUUGUUUCGGCGUACCCAACUUCCGGUGCACUCUACUUCACCAUAAAGUAUUUAGCGCCAGAGAAACACAUUGCGUGGAUCGCUUGGAUUGAUGGCUGGCUGAAUCUUAUUGGCCAGAUUGCCGGAAGUGCUUCCUCUGAAUAUGGUGCAGCUCAGAUGCUGCUCGCGGCCGUUUCGCUUGGCUCGUUUGAUGGAGAAACCUAUCACUAUACCGUGGAACCAUCACAUAUUAUCGGAACCAUGGUCGCGUUGGUGAUCUUCCACGCCUGCAUCAAUACUUUGUCAACAGCGUGGCUAAACCACCUCACGAAAACCUACGCUGUCUUCCACAUUGCUGUCUUGUUCAGUGCGUGCGUCGCACUUCUUGUUCUGACGAAGGAUAAGCAUGAUGCGAAAUAUGCUUUCACAUAUAUUGAUACCGAACCUCUUUCAGGUUGGACCCCGCCUGGGUUCUCCUUUUUGUUCGGCUUCCUGUCGGUUGCAUGGACCAUGACAGAUUACGAUGCCACGGCCCAUAUUGCCGAGGAGGCUAAGAAUCCAGCUGUCAUCGUACCUAGAGCUAUCUCAACCGCGCUCACAUUCACCUAUGUUGUUGGCUGGCUGUUCAACAUUGUGCUCGUUUUUUGUAUGGGAGACCCAUCAACGAUCCUCGCUAGCCCCAUCGCUCAACCUGUUGUCGAGAUCUUCUUCCAAUCGAUGGGUAAAGGACCUGCUAUCUUCUUUGCGGUAGCCGCCUUCAUCAUCAUGAACUUUGUCUGCAUCACUGCUCUACAGGCUGGUUCUCGUACUAUCUGGGCCUUCUCAAGAGAUCAGAUGCUGCCGGGCUCGAAAGUCUGGUACAAGAUUUGGAAGAAGACAGAUACGCCGGUGUUGGCUGUCUGGUUUUACUCGCUCCUGUGCAUCUUGAUCAACCUGAUUGGUCUCGGAAGCUAUACAGCCAUCUCUGCUGUUUUCAACAUUUGCGCUAUUUGUCUCGACUGGUCCUAUUGCAUUCCCAUCAUAUGCAAGCUGUGUUUCAGCAAAUUCGAGCGUGGACCCUGGCACCUUGGAAAAGCCAGCCCUUUCAUCAACGCUUGGGCCUGCAUUUGGACAGCAUUUGUUUCGGUCAUCUUCUUAUUCCCUACGGCUAUGCCGGUAACACCAGAUAACAUGAACUACGCAAUCGUGAUUCUCGCCUUCGUUUUCCUGCUGGCAACAAGCUACUGGUUCAUACAAGGGCGCAAGUACUACGUUGGUCCUCGUAGCCAAGCUCACGUACACAAUGAUGGCAUUGUCGUUGAUCCGGCUCCAGAUGUGCCUCAUGACUCCGAGAAGGCAGUCAGCGCAAGCGGGCGACAGCUCUGA